AGAGAAAGAGAAUCCGGAAAUCUAAAUCGAGCUUGAAUCUUCAAAAAUGAAAACUGCAGAAUUCUCUUUGUGGUGGUUCUGAAACGGAAACCUGUCUCGCUGGUUGUUUCGAUGUUCGAGCUUAUGCGACAAAACGAUCAACCGAUCAAGAUGGCUCAGAAUGGUGGAGUCGCGGCAAUCGCCUACAAAUGUUCUGAGAGGAGAAUAUACAGUUUUAGAAAAGUUUUAUUUGACAAGAGAAAAGCUAGGAAAAACCUCAAAACUAUUUCUGUGAUACCUCUGUUCAAGAAGGGUCUGUACAAAUGUGGAUCUGCUGUCGGAAAUUGCUUCAUUUUGGGCAUGGCUUACAGAGAGAAAUCCAGAUCCACAAUAUUGGAGUCCACGAAACAUAAGAGGGUUCCUAUCUUUGUCAUGAUGCCUGUUGAUGCAUUUUGUGUCGAUACUUCUGGGGUUCCAAGGAUUAGAAAAGUCAAGGCCUUAACUAUGUCUCUAAAAGCGCUCAAGUUGGCAGGUGUUCAUGGAAUCGCAGUAGAGGUUUGGUGGGGCAUUGUAGAGCGUCAUUCUCCUUUUUCCUAUAACUGGUCUCUAUAUGAAGAGCUUUUCAAACUUAUAUCUCAGUCUGGGCUGAAGUUACAGGUCACAUUGUGUUUUCAUUCUAAUGUGCAUUCAUCUUCCAAGGGAAAAGGGGGUGUCAGUCUUCCACUGUGGAUUCUGGAGAUUGGUUAUCUGAAUAGGGAUAUCUAUUAUCAAGACCAAAAGGGGUCUUCAAAUGAUGAUUAUCUUACAUUAGGAGUGGACCAUAUACCUUUAUUUUGUGGUCGAACUGCGCUCCAGUGCUACGAAGAUUUUAUGUUCAGUUUUGUAAAAAAAUUUCAGUCACUUAUGGGAAACGUAAUUGAAGAAGUAAGCAUUGGACUUGGCCCUUCUGGGGAGCUGAGGUACCCGGCCCAUCCUUCUGAUGAUGCUACAUGGAGAUUUCCUGGAAUUGGUGAGUUCCAGUGUUACGAUAAGUACAUGAUGGAGGACUUGAAGAGGGCUGCAUGUGAGGUAGGAAGACCUCAGUGGGGAGAAAAGGGCCCACAGAAUGCUGGCCGUUACAACAGUUUUCCGACUGGAAUACCGUUCUUUGAAGAGGGAGGAGAAAGCUUUCUUUCUGAUUAUGGUCGCUUUUUUCUUGAAUGGUACAGUGGGAGGCUGAUUUGUCAUGCAGAUGCCAUUCUAGAAAAGGCUGCAAAAAUGUUGAAGACAUAUCAAGAUACUGGGGCAAAUCCAGUUUUGUUAGUGGCCAAAAUUGGAGGAAUUUAUUGGUGGUACCAGACAGAUUCGCAUCCGGCAGAACUAACAGCUGGUUACUACAACACAGCUCUAAGGGAUGGGUACGAUCCAUUGGUUUCUGUGGUUUCUCGUCAUGGAGCUGCUUUGCAUAUCUCCUGCUUAGAAAUGAUUGACAGUGAGACUCCAUCUACCUAUCUUUGCAGCCCUGAGGGUCUACUCCAACAGAUUCGUUCAUUAUCAGAGAAAAGCGUAAUACAACUCACUGGGAGAAAUGCUAAUGAAAGAUUUGAUAAGGCUGGACUCUCGCAAAUAAUUGCUAACUGUUACCAUCCACAGGCAGAGACUGUACGGUCAUUUACUUAUUUCCGGAUGAAUGAUAAGAUUUUCAGGGUCGAGAAUUGGAACAACUUUGUCCCUUUUGUGAGAAGAAUGAACACAGCAAUGUAAAGUACAGUAAAAAUCAAUUUAAUAUUAAACCCUAUUUUUUCAAUAAUAAAAAAUUUGUAUCGUCAUGCAAAGUUUAAAGUGGUCAUGGGACUAUUUAACUAAGAAAGAAAGAAGUGGUAGCAGGACGAUGGGAAGGCCAAGGAACUUGAAGUGAUGAGAAAAGAAGCAAGUAGCUAUGAGUUGAUGGAAGACGAAAAGGGCGUACCCAGUUCACGAGGCUCCUGCCACUCCGGGGUCUGGGGAGGGGCAAGUUGAAGGAAGACAUGGUCCAAAAUUCAAUGGAAUGGGAUUCAUGUGUAGGCACAGGUAUUUCUUUAAGGGUUCUCCUUGGAUAGUAGGUUUCAAGAACAAAUUAAUUUUUUUGCUUUUUUUUUUCCUCCAUUUUUAAAUGAAGAUGGUAACUUCAAAAGUUUUCAUAUGUUUUGCCCACUGAGAGAUAUAUCCUUGUAUUUUAAUGGUGCGUAUUAAAUGUUACAUCAGAUGUGUGGGUUGAAUGAAGAUAGAUUUUGGCCAGGAACAUAUUUGAUCAUUGAUGUGCA